AUGUCCGUGUCGUAUUCGACAGACCCUGAAUGGGCGUCGAUUCAACCAAUCCAACUGGACGAAGGGUCAGAAUCAGGAGCUUUGCCACUGGCGACCAUAGCCUAUCCACCCGAAUAUCUGGAAGCUACUUCGUAUUUACGAGCUGUAAUGGCAGCCAACGAGAUGUCGGAGAGGGCACUGAAGCUAACAGAAGAUAUCAUCUCGAUGAACCCAGCUCACUAUACUGUAUGGAUCUACCGGGCCAAAAUUCUUUUUGCCCUUGAAAAGGACCUCAAUGAAGAACUCGAGUGGUUGAAUCGGGUAUCAUUUAAGUAUCUUAAAAACUAUCAGAUUUGGCAACAUCGUCAGGUGUUGAUGUCAUCUACAAUUCAUUUCCCAACUCCUCCACCAAAGGAGUUUGAUUUUUUGAUGAAAAUGUUUGCCCAAGACUCAAAGAACUACCAUGUUUGGACCUAUCGACACUGGCUAGUCCGACAUUUCAAGCUCUGGGACGCUCCCCGGGAGAUCCAAGACGUCGAGAGCCUAUUGACGUCCGAUGUCCGCAACAACUCCGCCUGGAAUCACCGAUUUAUGCUUCGGUUUGGACCGCGCGGUGAUGACGAGCCGGAUGCCGGGGUACCCAAUAGCAACGGCCCGCCGUCCGAGAAAGGCAAGCUGGCCAUCGUGGACGAGGACCUUGUUGAUGCUGAAUUGGAGUACGCGAAGUCGAAGAUCAUCUGUGCCCCUGAGAACCGCAGUCCCUGGUCGUAUGCGCGUGGCGUCCUCCGGGUAUCCGGGCGACUCCUCUCCGAGUGGAGAGAGUUCGCACAGAAACUCGUCACGGAGAAGGUGGAAAAUGACCAGUUGGUGGAUGUGGAGGUGAAGAGUAGCCAUGCCCUUGAAUGGCUGGCGGAUGUGUAUGCAGAGGAAGGUGACCAUUCAUCUACUGCAGCCGUCCGUAUGCUCACGCUCCUGAAGGAGAAGUACGAUCCCAUCCGGAAAAAUUACUGGGAUUAUCGAAUCCGGACGAUCACGACUUCUGUAGCAUCGAAUCCAGAGGCUGUUGCUUCGGCAUGA